CUUGAGAUUGGUAUAUUUUUUGCCCAAGGAUGUGCGGCCACAGGAGAGACCGGAUGCUUCACUUCGCCAGGUGGGCAUAAUAUCUUCUACUACGACGGACAUCCACCCUUGUAUUGGGGGUCCAGUCGUAUCGAAAACGAUAUGCGAGGCCCUUGGACGUAACGUUAAUACUAUCGCGAAUGUGAACAUGGGCACCUCAGUCCGCAGCAAUGCCACUAGCAAUUACUACGGCUACGGAGCCGCAAAUCCAUUGGCACACGGAGAGAAAACAGAUUCAACAAGAAUAGCAUACCUGACCACUUGGAUCAGAGCUUUAGCUCCGGAUGAACUCCGCGCAACUACGCUAAUCGAUAUCUAGAUAAUAAAGGUCAUAGCCCGUAUCAAGACAGUGUGGUGGUAUGCGCAAAGCUAUCUGCGACACGGUCGGCAAGGUUGUAUAUUCUCGGCUUCGUCGGGCAGACGAUUUACCUAAUCGGUAACGUGCUAGACCGGUUGAGCAACCCAGAGAUAACGCCAGAUCCAGCAUGUCUCAGUAUCGUCUGCUCAAUGAACCAAAAGACUGGUUUGCUUCCUAGACGCCAAGACAACUGUACCAUGGGUGGGCGAUAAUAUGUAUGGAAGAACUUUUAAAAAAAGUUCAUCCUCAAGGAACUAAGUUCGCAUGGACUACUUUCUCACUGCUUGCUUUCACCGCAGUUGGGUAUACUUGUGAUUUCUAUAUUAGGACUGAAACCACACAGCCUUCCGUACAAACCCGGUCGCCGAAAUUGACAGCCCCACAGUUAUCGUCGACAUAGGAUGAUACCUUGACCACAGAAACCACGCUAUCUUGGAUCAUCUUCUGUGUUGCCCUGUAGCAACUGUCCCUUUGAGCCAGCAGAGAGUCUUUAGAGGUUCCAGUGCGUUUUCCUUACUGAAAUUUUGCGGCAGCAGUAGUCGAUAUUGACGACAAACCAUGGUGCCUGCAUCUACCGGCUUACUGUCUCCGGGAGCUUCGGCAACAAGCGGCAGGGCGUGUGAAGCUCCACUUUAAUUCCAUCGGUUUCUUGUUACCAGGGUUCCAUCUCUUCUUGCUACACACAAUGUGCCCAGGAAUAUUUCUAGUC